AUGGCGGCCGCCCUCCUCCUCCUUCCUCCCUCCUUCCCCGGUUGUCGUUGGGGGCCCGGGGCUGACGGCGGCCCCUCGCCGGGCGGGCCCCGAGAACCCGCCAGGGCACAGCGCCCCACGCCGGAGGGUGGUCGCGGAGACUGUUGCGGGGGCCGUGGGCCUGGGGGUGUCACGCGCCCCGGCUCCCACUGUCGCCUCCGCCGGGCGAGGCGGCCAGACGGGCGCCAUUUCGCGCGCCGCCCGCGGCUCGGGCGGUGGCGGCUGCUGCGCGCCAGGCGGGAGGAGGGAAGGAGGCGGCAGGGCCGGGGGGGAGGGGAGGCCGGCGCGCCGCCGCCCGCGUUUCAGGCCGCCGCCCGCGUGGACGCCCCUGGCUGUAAAAACCUCACUCGGGCACUCUUAGCGUCACUGACAACGAGUGCGCGGAGGUCUGGGUUCGAACCUGCAAUAAACGGCCCUUGCCGCUUGGCUUUGACUCUGGACUCUGGUGGUUUGUUCUUGAGGGUCACCCGAAUUUGGGCAUAUCAUUUGGGGGCUCAUCUGGGAUACCCCCAAGCCCUCCAGACCCCAAGUCAACGGGUCGUCCCUGAAGCCGAUCGGGAUGUUAGAACCAGAGGACAGAAUUUGAGUCUAGACAUCCGGAGGGGAAAAUUAAUAACCCUCUGCCGCUCCGAAUGGCCAACCUUCGGCGUUGGAUGGCCAACCGAAGGAACUUUCUGCCUCCCUAUAAUUGCUAAGCCCACCUGGGACGACUGUCAGCAGCUCCUCCGCAUCCUGUUCACUACAGAGGAGCGAGAGAGGAUCCAAUUAGAAGCAAGAAAGCUGGUUCCUGGAGACGACGGUCAGCCGACAUCUAACCCUGACCUCAUUAAUGCGGCUUUCCCCCUAACCAGACCUCCACAGGACGAAUGGGACUACAACACGGCAGAAGCUGCCGAGACGCCCGAAGCCUGCAUCCAGGGAACUGAAGGUCUCCUGCGAACUCUGGGAACCUUAGGCUACCGCGCCUCAUCAAAGAAGGCUCAGAUCUACAAGUCAGAGGUAACUUACCUGGGUUACUUACUGAAAGGGGGGCAACGUUGGCUAACGGAUGCCCGGAAGGAGACCGUCCUUCGUAUUCCCAGACCGCAGACACCACGACAGGUGAGGGAAUUCCUGGGGUCGGCUGGGUUCUGCAGACUAUGGAUACCAGGGUUUGCUGAAUUAGCAAAGCCUUUAUACCAGGCAACAAAGGACCAACAGCCCUAUAGUGGACGGAAGAAGCCAAACAGGCCUUCCAACGAAUUAAAACUGCUCUGCUAUCAGCACCUGCCCUGGGACUCCCCGAUGUCUCCAAACCCUUCCAUCUAUGUGUAGAUGAAAACCAAGGCAUAGCUAAGGCGGUGCUAACCCAGCAUUUAGGCCCUUGGCACAGGCCAGUAGCCUAUCUGUCUAAAAAGCUAGAUCCAGUGGCCGCCGGAUGGCCACCCUGUCUCCGGGUGAUUGCAGCCACUGCCCUAAUGGUAAAGGACGCUGAUAAGCUGACCAUGGGCCAAGAGCUAGAAGUCACCACCCUGCAUGCCAUCGAGGGCAUCCUCAAGCAGCCGCCUGACCGAUGGUUGAGCAAUGCCCGACUCACUCAUUACCAGGGACUGCUGCUGAACCCCCUCAGGGUCAUCUUCACCCCCCCAACGGCCCUGAACCCAGCAUCACUGCUGCCAGACCCAGACAUCGGAACCUCACUUCAUGACUGCGCCGACAUACUGGCUCAAGUUUACGGGGGAGGACUUGCAGGACCAACCGUUAUCGGAUGCGGACGCCAUCUGGUUCACCGAUGGAAGCAGCUCCGUUCACCAGGGACAAAGGUAUGCGGGGGCGGCCGUAACUUCAGAAACCGAGGUGGUUUGGGCAGAAGCCCUACCCCCCGGAACCUCGGCCCAAAAGGCUGAACUAAUAGCCUUAACCCAGGCCCUAAAAUUAGGAAGAGACCGCAAGCUAACCGUGUACACUGAUAGCCGAUAGAUAUGCCUUCGCCACCGCUCACGUACAUGGGGCGAUAUACAGAGAACGGGGGCUCCUCACAGCCGAAGGGAAAGACAUCAAAAAUAAAGAAGAGAUUCUAGCCCUGCUAGCAGCCUUAUGGGAACCCAAAAAGCUAGCGAUUGUGCAUUGCCCAGGACACCAGAAGGCAACCGACCCAGUUUCCCGGGGCAACAAUUUGGCCGAUUGGACUGCCAAAGACAUAGCUCGGCCCCCAGCGCAAUUACUGACCCUACAGCUGCCAGACCCCGGACCCUGGGAAUUGCCCCCCAGCCCUGAGUAUUCAGAAAGCGAUAUUCAAUGGAUGAGUAAACUUCCUAUGACCCGAGUCAAAGAUGGCUGGUGGAGAGACUCCAAAAGCAGCAUUAUACUCCCAGAUAAACUAGGUUUAUCUAGGCAGGUUCUAGAGCGGAUCCAUCACAGCACCCACUUAGGUUCCCGGCGAAUGUUGGACUUACUGAGACA